GCGGACGCGGCGGCGCGGAGAGCGGUGGAGUUUCUGAGGCGACGGAGGGGCCGGGAUUUCGCCGGGCUUCGGGGCCAGCUUCUGACGCCGCCGACGCCGCCGCCGCCGGAGUGACCGCCGGGCCCAGCGGGUGGAUGGUGGUCGUCGCGGUGCCCGGGCCGUGCCGCCGCGCAGCCAUGUCUAGCGGGAACAGCCGCCGCCGCCGUGCUGCCAGGUGGAGGCGAGACCAGCGCGGUCCGCGGCGCUGCCUGUGAGGAGGAGGAGGAGGACCCGGCUAACGGCUGGCGGCGGCGGCGGCUGUCUGGGGGGAAAAAAGGCUUCCAUGUCGGCGGCUAGGGAUUAAGCGGGGGGAAGAUACCGAUUCCGGGCCGGCGUGGCGGGCGGGGGAUCCGGGCGGCGAGCCCCCCCUUCUAUCGCUCCCUCAGAGGCUCCGGGGAGAGCGACCCGACCUCCAGAGAAAGCCGGGCCAUGGCCGACCGGAGCGCCCCGAACUGCCACCUCAGGCUGGAGUGGGUUUAUGGCUACCGGGGUCACCAGUGCCGCAACAACCUUUACUACACGGCCGCCAAAGAGAUCGUUUAUUUCGUGGCGGGGGUCGGGGUGGUCUAUAGCCCCCGGGAGCAUCGGCAGAAAUUUUACUUGGGGCACCAAGACGACAUCAUCAGUCUUGCUUUGCAUCCUGAGCGAGUUUUGGUGGCGACAGGUCAAGUUGGAAAAGAGCCGUAUAUCUGUGUUUGGGAUUCAUACACUGUGCAGACUGUAUCAAUAAUGAAAGAUGUUCAUACACAUGGUAUAGCUUGCUUGGCAUUUGAUGUAGAUGGUCAGCGUUUGCUUUCAGUUGGUUUGGAUUCCAAAAAUACAAUCUGUGUGUGGGACUGGAGAAAAGGAAAAAUGUUAUCUAUGGCUCCUGGUCAUACAGACAGGAUAUUUGAUAUUUCGUGGGACUUGUACCAACCAAACAAACUCGUCAGCUGUGGUGUAAAACAUAUUAAGUUCUGGACGUUAUGUGGCAAUUCAUUGACACCAAAGCGUGGUGUUUUUGGUAAGACUGGUGAUCUCCAAACUAUAUUGUGCCUCGCCUGUGCAAGAGAUGAAGUUACAUAUUCUGGUGCACUUAAUGGAGACAUAUAUGUAUGGAAAGGAGUCAACCUUGUGAGAACCAUACAGGGAGCACAUGCUGCAGGAAUUUUCAGCAUGAAUGCUUGUGAAGAAGGCUUUGCCACUGGUGGCAGGGAUGGCUGUGUUCGCCUUUGGGAUUUAAGUUUUAAACCUAUUACUGUGAUUGAUCUCAGGGAAACAGACCAGGGAUAUAAAGGUCUCUCUGUGAGAAGUGUUUGCUGGAGAGGAGAUCACAUUCUAGUUGGAACACAAGAUAGUGAAAUUUUUGAAAUUGUGGUGCAUGAACGCAAUAAGCCUUUUCUUAUUAUGCAAGGGCACUGUGAAGGAGAGCUUUGGGCCUUGGCAGUUCAUCCCACAAAACCAUUAGCCAUGACGGGAAGUGAUGAUCGAUCAGUCAGAAUAUGGAGCCUUAUAGACCAUGCAUUGAUUGCACGGUGCAAUAUGGAAGAACCAAUUCGUUGUGCAGCUGUUAGUACUGAUGGAAUUCAUCUUGCACUUGGAAUGAAAGAUGGUUCUUUUACGGUACUUCGAGUUAGAGAUAUGACAGAGGUUGUCCAUAUUAAAGAUAGGAAGGAAGCUAUUCAUGAAUUAAAAUAUUCACCAGAUGGAAAUUUCCUUGCAGUUGGUUCCAAUGACAGCUCUGUUGAUAUUUAUGGUGUUGUUCAGCGGUACAAAAAAGUUGGGGAAUGUGUGGGAUCCUCCAGCUUCAUAACUCAUAUGGACUGGUCAUUGGACAGUAAACAUGUGCAGACCAAUGAUGGCAGUGGAAAAAGGCUUUUUUACAGGAUGCCUGGUGGAAAAGAAGUGACAAACAAGGAAGAGUUAAAAGGUGUCCAGUGGGCUUCAUGGACGUCAGUUUCAGGCCUUGAAGUUAAUGGAAUAUGGCCUAAAUAUUCAGAGAUCAGUGAUAUUAAUGCUGUAGAUGCAAACUUCAUGGGCCAAGUGUUAGUUACAGCUGAUGACUAUGGAAUAGUAAAACUGUUUAGGUAUCCCUGUCUGAGAAGAGGGGCAAAGUUUAAAAAAUAUCUUGGUCAUUCAGCACAUGUAACUAAUGUCAGAUGGUCACAUGAUUAUCAGUGGGUGAUUUCUAUUGGUGGGGCAGACCAUUCUGUUUUCCAGUGGAAAUUUGUUCCUGAAAGGAAGCUGAAGGAUGCUCUUCACAUAGCGCCACAAGAAAGCCUGGUUGACUCUAAUAGUGAGGAAUCAGAUUCUGAUCAAUCUGAUGUUCCAGAGCUGGACUCUGAAAUUGAGCAAGAGACCCAAAUCACAUACCGUCGACAGGUUUACAAAGAAGAUCUACCUCACCUUAAAGAACAAUGCAAAGAAAAACGGAAAACUGCAGCCUCAAAAAGGAGAGAACGGACUCCAAUUAAUAGUUUAAGACUACACUUUGUUCAUGGUUACAGAGGCUAUGACUGUCGGAGUAAUUUAUUUUAUACCCAGACUGGUGAAAUUGUAUACCAUGUUGCAGCAGUGGGUGUAGUAUACAAUCGGCAGCAGAACACCCAGCGCUUUUAUAUGGGUCAUGAUGAUGACAUUCUGUGUCUUGCUAUUCAUCCUUUAAAGGACUAUGUGGCAACAGGCCAGGUUGGUCGGGAUUGCUCUAUCCAUGUUUGGGAUACAGAGACAAUCAAGCCACUGUCAGUGUUAAAGGGCUAUCACCAAUAUGGUGUUUGUGCUGUUGACUUUUCAGCUGAUGGAAAACGGCUAACCUCAGUUGGAAUAGAUGACAAUCAUACUAUUGUUCUCUGGGACUGGAGAAAAGGAGAGAAGCUUUCAGCAGCAAGGGGGAGCAAAGACAAGAUCUUUGUUGUUAAGAUUAAUCCCUUCAUGCCUGAUAAACUCAUUACAGCUGGAAUUAAACACAUGAAAUUCUGGCGAAGAGCAGGAGGUGGUCUGAUUGGAAAAAAGGGCUAUGUGGGUCCUAUGGGGAAGAUUGAUACAAUGAUGUGUGCCGUUUAUGGCUGGACAGAAGAGAUGGCCUUCUCCGGAACAUCAACUGGAGAUGUGUGUAUAUGGAGAGAUCUGUUCCUUGUAAAGACUGUAAAAGCACAUGAUGGCCCAGUGUUCAGUAUGCAUGCACUAGAAAAAGGAUUUGUGACUGGAGGCAAAGAUGGAAUUGUGGCUCUUUGGGAUGACACCUUUGAACGGUGUCUCAAAACAUAUGCAAUCAAAAGAGCUGCCUUGGCUCCUGGCUCCAAAGGUCUCCUUUUAGAAGAUAACCCUUCUAUCCGUGCCAUAUCUUUAGGACAUGGUCAUAUUUUAGUAGGGACAAAAAAUGGUGAAAUACUAGAAGUGGAUAAAAGUGGGCCAGUAACUUUGCUGGUUCAGGGUCAUAUGGAAGGAGAAGUUUGGGGUUUAGCUACUCACCCUCAUUUACCUAUUUGUGCCACUGUCAGUGAUGAUAAAACCUUAAGAAUAUGGGAUCUCUCUCCAAGCCAUUGCAUGCUAGCUGUUCGGAAACUGAAGAAGGGGGGGAGAUGUUGCUGUUUUUCUCCUGAUGGAAAGGCAUUGGCAGUAGGUCUCAAUGAUGGAAGUUUCUUAAUAGUGAAUUCAGACACUCUGGAAGAUCUUGUUUCUUUUCAUCAUAGGAAGGAUGUUAUUUCAGAGAUACGUUUUGCUCCUGGUGCUGGGAAGUACUUGGCUGUAGCAUCAUAUGACAGUUUUGUAGAUAUUUACAAUGUAAUGAGCAGUAAACGAGUUGGAAUCUGCAAAGGAGCUUCCAGUUAUAUAACGCACAUGGACUGGGAUAUAAGAGGCAAGCUUUUACAACUCAACACUGGUGCUAAGGAACAAUUGUUUUUUGAAGCUCCUCGAGGGAAGAAGCAAGUAAUUUCUACUCUGGAGGCAGAAAAGAUUUCUUGGGCAUCCUGGACAAGUGUUCUAGGCUCCUGCUGUGAAGGAAUCUGGCCAAUAAUUGGCGAAGUCACAGAUGUAACUUCCUCGUGCCUCACUAGUGAUAGUACAGUGUUGGCAACAGGAGAUGAUUUUGGAUUUGUGAAGCUCUUCCGAUACCCUGCCAAAGGAAAAUAUGGGAAGUUCAAGAGAUACGUGGCUCAUAGUACACAUGUCACUAAUGUUCGUUGGACUUAUGACGACAGUUUAUUAGUCACUGUUGGAGGUGGAGAUACAUCUUUAAUGCUGUGGAGCCAUGAGGUGGAGGGUCAUCGAGAAAGCAGGCAAUGUGACAGUGAAGAAUCUGACCUUGAUUCUGAGGAAGAUGGGGGCUAUGACAGUGAUGUCACAAGAGAAAAUGAAAUUAAUUACACCAUCAAAGCCUUAUCAACCAACAUCAGACCAAUGUUUGGAAUCAAGCCUCAUCUGCAACAAAAGGAGCCUUCCAUUGAUGAAAGGCAAGGAGUUGUGAGAGGUUCCAGACCACCAGUUAGUAGGGCAUUGCCUCAGCCUGAAAAACUUCAGACAAAUAACGUUGGGAAAAAAAAGAGACCUAUAGAGGAUCUAGUACUGGAGCUGGUGUUUGGAUAUCGAGGUAGAGAUUGCAGGAAUAAUGUGCACUAUCUGAAUGACGGUGCUGACAUCAUAUAUCACACUGCAUCGGUUGGUAUUCUGUACAAUGUGGCAACAGGUUCUCAGUCUUUUUACCAGGAACACAAUGAUGAUAUUUUGUGCCUCACUAUCAAUCAGCAUCCCAAGUUUAUCAACCUUGUGGCAACUGGCCAAGUAGGAGACUCAGCAGAUAUGUCAGCCACAGCACCUUGUAUUCACGUGUGGGAUGCAAUGAAUAAACAAACACUGUCUAUACUGCGAUGCUACCAUUCGAAAGGAGUUUGUUCAGUUAGUUUUAGUGCUACUGGCAAGCUUCUUCUCUCUGUAGGGCUGGAUCCUGAACAUACCAUUACCAUUUGGAAAUGGCAGGAAGGUGCCAAAAUUGCCAGCAGAGCUGGUCAUAACCAGCGUAUUUUUGUAGCAGAAUUCAGACCUGACUCCGAUACACAGUUUGUUUCAGUAGGAGUAAAACAUGUGAGGUUCUGGACCCUUGCUGGAAGAGCACUUCUCAGUAAAAAAGGACAGACAAGUUCCAUAGAAGAUGCACGAAUGCAGACCAUGCUAUCUGUAGCAUUUGGAGCUAAUAAUUUGACAUUUACAGGUACCAUCAGUGGAGAUGUGUGUGUUUGGAAAGAGCAUAUAUUGAAUCGAAUUGUGGGCAAAGCUCACAAUGGGCCUAUAUUUGCAAUGUACACAACCCUACGCGAUGGCUUAAUUGUAACAGGAGGCAAAGAGAGGCCAUCAAAAGAAGGAGGAGCAGUUAAACUCUGGGAUCAGGAACUAAGGCGAUGCCGUGCCUUCAGAUUAGAGACAGGACAGAUGAUUGACUGUGUUCGCUCUGUAUGCAGAGGCAAAGGAAAAAUUCUUGUUGGGACAAGGAAUGCUGAAAUAAUAGAAGUUGGAGAGAAAAAUGCAGCAUGUAACAUCCUAAUUAAUGGCCAUAUGGAUGGACCCAUCUGGGGUCUGGCAACACACCCCUCUCGUGACGUUUUCCUCUCUGCUGCAGAAGAUGGAACAGUCAGACUUUGGGAUAUAGCAGAUAAAAAGAUGGUGAACAAAGUCAAUCUGGGCCACGCAGCACAUACUGUGUCUUACAGUCCUGAGGGUGACAUGGUGGCUAUCGGCAUGAAGAAUGGAGAAUUUAUUAUCUUGUUGGUGAAUUCUCUGAAGAUAUGGGGAAAGAAAAGGGACAGGAGAUCGGCGAUUCAAGACAUCCGGUUCAGCCCGGAUUCUCAUUAUUUAGCGGUGGGUUCCAUUGAAAAUGCGGUGGAUUUUUAUGACCUGACUUUGGGACCUACCCUCAAUCGAACAAGCUAUUGCAAAGACAUCCCAAGCUUUGUAAUUCAAAUGGACUUUUCAGCAGAUAGCUGUUACCUUCAGGUCUCUACUGGGUCUUACAAAAGGCAAGUUUAUGAAGUGCCUUCAGGAAAGCAGGUCCUUGAUCAGUCUGUGAUUGACAGAAUAACGUGGGCCACUUGGACCAGUGUUCUAGGAGAUGAGGUUGUUGGAAUCUGGUCCAGGCAUGCUGAGAAAGCUGAUGUAAAUUGUGCCUGUGUUUCUCACUCGGGAAUCAGCCUUGUAACAGGAGAUGACUUUGGCAUGGUCAAGCUGUUUGAUUUCCCGUGUCCAGAAAAAUUUGCAAAACAUAAAAGAUUUUUAGGUCACUCAGCCCAUGUGACUAAUAUUCGCUUUACAAGUGGAGACAGAUAUGUCGUCAGUGCUGGUGGAGAUGACAGCAGCAUAUUUGUCUGGAAAUGUGUACAUAUGCCUCACUGAGGGACAUGGAGACCUUCCAAAGAGGACACUGCAUGAAGUAAGAGGUGUUAAUGCACCACAGUUGCAAAGAGACGUUUUCCAGUGCCCUGCAUGCUUCAAGAAAUGGUGCUGAUAAAGACAGACGGACAGCUGUCUGACUGACUAGUCUAUCAGAAGAAUGGACUGCUGCAAAUGUAUUGAGUCUAGUCACACUACUAGUAUCAGAUAGCCUGUAUCUGUUUCCCACUCACUGCCAGAUGCUGAAACACGUAGAUAAGAGGAAGUGAGUUUUGGCUCAAUGUACAGUUUCCUAACAAGACCCUGGAUUUGUAAUCAAGACAUUUUAUUUCUGACCUAGUGCUGUACAUUGUGUUUACUUUCAGCAUGAAUGUUUUAAGUACUGGGUACUGACUUUCGCUAAAAUAGAAGACUCCUUAUUUUAUUACUGAAAGGAAAACCAUCUUGCAGCUCAUAGAUUUUUUUUAAAAAAAUGGGUGAAAAUAAAAUAGAAAAUAUGAGUGGUCCAGCAAAAGGUUUGUUUAGUUUAACAAAAGGGGGAAAAAUCAAUCCCAAUAAUUAAGUUGGUUCCUAGGACCUGUGGAAUUCUACUGGUUUUAAGGCCUGGGUUGUAAUCAUGUCUGGUGAAUGCUAGUGGACAUGCAUGAACCCGUUCUUCAAAGCUAAUUUAGUGUUUUUGUAUCACUGAAGCAUUAUAUUAGUUCUGUGAGCAGAACUGGAUUUGCUCACACUGUGAGUGCCUUGCCCACAACCUAAAAGUCUAACUCCAGUUUUUGCCUUGUGAAUAAAAGUGUUAUCGAUAAAAGAUAAAUUGCUGUGUUUGCUUAAAAAACUAUGGUAGAGACGGGAAGUAGGCUGUUCAUUUCAGUGUUCAUAUAUUAAAUAAUUGUUUCCCAAUCUGGAGGUCAUGCCCCCCAAGGGGGUUGCAAAGUGUUUUCUGGGAGGUUGCGCGUCACUUUAUAUGUGUGGUAGUCCUUGUUAAAUAAUUUCUUCCUUGACCUUUCAGAGCCAGAUAUUAAAGUUAACGUGUAUGCGUAUGUGUGAGAAACAGGCUCUUUGAGGGAGAAAGCCUUUACUUUCUGAAAAGUGAUGACUUUACCUCAUUAAAGAAGCCUAUUUAUGCAAAUGUGGUGGUGUCACAGGUUACUUGACUAUUAUAAAAGAAGCUGACAACUCAAAAAAGCUUGGAAACCACUGCAAGAUUUGAGUUGUUAUCAAAUGCCAAAAAACAGACAGACAGAGCAAUAGGACUAUUUUCACAGCAUCACUUGGUGAAUUCAGAGUGAUAUUGAUAAUUAAAAUUUUACAAAUUACUUCGUUCUUGUUCAAGAGUUAAUGCUAUUUGAAUUCCUUUCUCUUCAGCUCAUAGCCAGUUCACAUACUACAGGCAUCCAGAGGUUCUCCUACAUUAGAUGAGAGGAACUGUUUGCUUGAAAGCAAUUCCAUGUCAUAAUUGAUGUACCUCUAUACUAGCUAGUUUGGAGAUCUUGACAUGCAAGUUGGCUAUAUGUUGUUUUAAGUUUUGACCAACUGUAACUUCAUAAUAAUCAAAUGGCCUCUACACUUUCUUAGAAGGAUUGUACAUAGAUAAAUGCAGGUAACAAAGGAAAUCUCUUUUACAUUCUGCUAGAAGGGAAGCAGAUAGGUUUCAACAGAUGAUAUCAAUCUGAAGGCCAGACAACUAGACCCUUGUUGUGUGUUUGAAAGCUUUAUUGAAAACUGUGCUGCUGAAACCUUUUAAGGAAUCUAACUAGAAGGGCAGUUGUUUCAUAGUUUGUCAGGAAAACUAGAAACAAAGCUGCUAAUACCACAAUAAUCCAGGUAUCCUCAGCAAAUCAUGCAUGGAAAUACAUGUUAUAUCCUUGGUGCAGUAUCGGCAUUCCACAUAUUGGAUCAUUUCUCAGAGCUUAACUGUUAAGAGGGGCUAGAGUUCUUCCCAUCGUCUCAUAUGUGACUAAUGAUGCAAGGCACACUAGCCCACAUUUCCCUUCUCUUCCUGUAAAUUCCAGGUCUCACAUCCCAGCCCCAAGAACCUGGUGCAAGCUGCCAAUAUUGAAAAACCAUAUAGCCUUCUGUAGGGUUCAGGGGCUCAGAAUAAGUUCUUUGAGUACUUUUUAAAAAACUGAAAAUACCUUAUGCAUGGUGGAACAUAAGUUUAAGUAGACAUGGAAGUAUGUAAUAUCAAUUCCGCCCAGUAUAACAAACACACAAUCAUGUUAUAUGUUAAUCUACAAACAAUUCCCAGUUUCUUCAUUUUCUGCCCAGAAGCAUGAAUGCAAAAUAGAAUGCCAGGUCCCACCAGAGUGCACCUGAAGGAUGUUUUUGUAGCCACGCUUCUUGAAAAGCAGAACAGUUGACACUUCCUUAUGUAGAAGAAACAAAACCAUAUUAAGUGAUCUUGAGUAUUUCUUAUAAUUCUUUUUUUCAUAUAUUAAUAAUCCAGACAUUGUGUUGCUGAUGUAACAAAACCCCUCCAGCUGUCCGAUUGCUUUUAUCAGAAUAAUUUUUCAAGUCCCUCAUAUAUAUAUAUAUGUAAUGGUGAUGGUUUCAAUCAGAAGAAUGACUGACAGACACAACUUCUUCACCAUUCUUUUUUUAAAACCACACUUAUCUUGAACACAUCAGUGUAUGAAACCUUUCAGUGGUAGAAUGGAAACAUAUUUCAAUCGAAGAUGGCUCUCUCUUUGCUCAGGCCCUUGUUGCUACACUCGCCAUUUCACCCUGAGUUCUUCCACGUGAUCUAAACUUUGAAUAUAAAAGCAAUGAGAGGAAUCUUUUUAGUUGAGCAGCUCCCAUGUUUUAUUAGUGGAGCUCACUGUCAAAUGCUACAAGCCUUUGAAGUGAAAUCACCACAUCGCUUCAGAAAUCAGCAGAAUUAAUGCUUACCCUAUACAGUGGGGUCUCUACUUAAGAACUUAA